CAGCUCAUUCUUAUGACUCAUAUCUUACGUGCAGCUUCACGUUCGACUGUAAGUAGUAGCUGCCGCAAUGUCCGCCACGACAAACAAUCAGCACGGUGCUGCCGACAUUCUCAGGGCCAUUCUCAAUGCCAUCCAAGACCGGCUCAUCCCGAUAACCCGCGAUUCGUUUGCCAAAGGUGGCGAUCCGUUCGGCGGCGCCAUUCUCGACGGAGCAAAUCUCGAGGCCGUAGCCGUCUCCGUCAAUGCCAGCGAAGAGUGCCCCGUUUAUCACGGCGAGCUGAACUGCAUCCGGCAUUUCUACACGCUACCGCCCGAGGACCGCCCGGAACCCAAGGCCUGCAUCUUCUUUGCCACCCACGAGCCGUGCGCGCUCUGCCUCAGCGCGUUUGCCUGGACCGGAUUUCCCAUCAUCUACCAUCUUUUCACCUACGAGGAGACGGACGAGCUCUUGGGCAUGUCCGACGACAUUGAGAUUGUCCGGGAGAUCUUCCGUGUGCGGGCGCCGAGCGACACGGAUGACAGUCUAACCGCCCGUCCACUCUAUAACAAGGAGAACAAGUUCUUCUCGGUUCGGUCGAUUGACGGCCUCGUUCAGCAGGUUUCGGACGAGAAGGAGAGAGAGGAGUUCAAGCGGCGGUUUUGGGAGGUGAGGGCGACCUAUGACGAGUUCCGUCCUCGUCGGGUCUAGCCGCCUAGGCCGCCAUUCGGGGCAGCCUCAGCCUUUUUGUUUUUGUUCGACAGUGCCGACGGCGUAUGUUGUGCUUGAUAGUGGGCCCUGGAAGACGAAGGAAUAGCAUGAUCCAGUCAGCCCGCGGAUAUAUAUGUGCGCCUAUGUAUUGUACUACAUUACGGACAUGAAUUUUUCACCCCUCUCGGAGGGAUUUUGCCGUCACCCGCCCUGCAAUUUCCUCCAGGAGU